CCCCGCUCUUCCAAAAUCACGCGACAGCAACGCCGCCAACAAGAAGAGAAAAAAGCUUCUCCAACUUCGAAGUCCUUCCCACUCCGCCCAACCCCCUCUCCCUCUCCCUCUCCCUCUCUCUCUAGAUUCCCAUUCGCUCCUGCAACUCUCAUUCUCUCUCGAAACUGCUGCUUUCUCGCUAAUGUUGCUUUUCCGGGCACCGUCACGGCUCAUCUGCAUCAAUGUUAGGGAUUGAACUCGGGGCACCAGAAGUUAAAGAUAGCGCAAUCAGUGAAACCCUAGUGGCUAGCGCGACGGGGAGCUGCUGCUGCCAUGGUGUUCAAGAACAAGCUCUUCUUCUCUUCGAAGAAAUCGGACACCUCCAGCCCUGAUGGAUCGAACAACAGUCCUCGAUCCAUCGGCUCCAACUCCCCGAUCCGCUUGGAGAAGAAGAAGCCCAAGUCCUCCUCCUCCUUCUCCUCGUCUUCUAAAGACAACAGUCCGAGCUCGGCAGCCAGUGGCGGCUUCGCGGCGGCGGCGGGGGGAUGUAAGCAGGCUGACGUGAAGGAUGGGUCGAAGAAGAAGGGGAAGGAGGUGAGUGGGAAGGGGAAGGAGAGUAGCGGUGCCGCUGCAGCUGUUGUUGCGGCUCAAUUGCUACUCGGCCAGCCUCAUCAUCCAAAAUCUCAGCCUCAGACGCCGGUUAAACAAGGGCGAUUUUCUGCUUCUGUCCUGGGUUCUGCUUCGGCUUCGGCUUCCAAGUCGAGGAAGGGUCUGGGGGAUGGCAAGGAGGAUGCUUUGUCCGCGUCUCCCAUUUUAGCUUCUUCUUUGGGCUUGAAUAAGAUCAAGACGAGAUCAGGACCCUUGCCUCAGGAGAGUUUCUUCAGUUUCAAAGGAGAAAAGGGGUCCGGGAUACUGGGUGCCAGUAAUUUGUCGAGGCCUAGUGCUGGGAAGGGGGCUUCCUCUUCCAACGCGCCCGGUUCGGUGAAGAAGGAGGACUUAUUGGGGCAGAGUAGGAUACCGGGGUUUCAGGACCGCAGUGGUAAAGCAGUUGAUCCUAGUAGCAAUUGGGAUCGACUGUCAACUGGGGAUGGCGCUCAGACCCGAGAGGUAACUCCCAAUUUGUUGAUUGGGACUCGCUUAGAGGACGGGGAGCCCUCUAGUGAUGCAGGCCGACAUGAGUCAUCCUCCGGUCAUUCUGGCAGUGUAAGAAAUUCAGAUGUUUUUACACCUGAGGAGUCUGAGUCUCCACGUUUUCAAGCUAUCCUUCGUGUCACUAGUGCACCAAGGAAGAGGUUUCCAGGUGAUAUAAAAAGUUUUUCUCAUGAACUCAAUUCCAAAGGUGUACGUCCUUUCCCUUUCUGGAAGCCUCGGGGACUAAAUAAUGUGGAGCAAAUCUUGGUUGUUAUACGGGGAAAGUUUGACAAGGCAAAGGAAGAAGUGAAUUCAGAUCUGGCUGUCUUUGCAGCUGAUCUUGUUGGAAUUCUUGAAAAGAAUGCAGAAAGUCAUCCAGAAUGGCAGGAAACUAUAGAGGACUUGUUGGUUUUGGCCAGAAGUUGUGCAAUGCAAUCACCUGGAGAGUUUUGGCUCCAAUGUGAAAGCAUAGUCCAAGAAUUGGAUGACAGACGGCAGGAACUUCCUCCUGGAACGCUAAAGCAACUUCAUACUAAGAUGCUUUUCAUUCUUACAAGGUGUACAAGGCUGUUGCAGUUUCACAAAGAAAGUGGGUUGGCUGAGAAUGAAAACAUCUUUCAACUUCGUCAAUCUAGGGUCUUGCACUCAGCAGAGAAACGCAUUCCUCCAGGUCUUGGAAGGGGUAUGAAAAGCUCUACGGCUUCAAAAGGGCCUUCAGUGACGAAGUCGUAUAGUCAAGAACAGCAUAAGCUAGUUUGGAACCGAGAGCCGCUAGUGCUGUCUGGAAACUUACUCUCUCCUACUGAUGGCUCCAAAGGUGUUGAGUCUCCUGGAGGUCGAGAUAGAAUGGCUUCCUGGAAAAAGCUUCCAUCUCCUGCUGCAAAAGGUCCUAAGGAUCUGGAUCUCCCUUCUCCUAAGGAUCAGAUUGAUGUUGGGAUUGAUCUUUUGAAAGUGUCAAGCAGCAGCAAAAAGGUUUCUGAUAUGGAUGUGGCUGUAGCUAAGCCUCCUGAGGUUCCCGCUGUAAAAGAUCCACCUCAACAUUCUACGAAACACCAACAUAAAGUUUCCUGGGGAUACUGGGGCGACCAAAACCCAUCUGAUGAAAAUUCAAUUAUUUGUCGAAUUUGCGAGGAAGAGGUUCAAACUACACAUGUUGAAGACCAUUCAAGAAUUUGCGCAAUUGCAGAUCGGUGUGAUCAGAAAGGUCUAGGUGUGAAUGAGCGUCUUUUAAGAAUCUCAGAAACUCUUGAGAAAAUGAUGGAGUCUUUUGCUCAGAAGGAUAUCCAGCCUGCUCUUGGAAGCCCUGAUGCAGCAAAGGUAUCUAAUAACAGUGUGACUGAAGAAUCUGAUGUUCCAUCCCCCAAACUAAGUGAUUGGUCUAGAAGAGGAUCCGAAGACAUGCUUGACUGUUUUCCCGAAUCCGAUAACUCAGUGUUAAUGGAUGACAUGAAGGGGUUGCCAUCCAUGUCAUGCAGAACACGUUUUGGUCCAAAAUCUGAUCAGGGGAUGGCUACUUCAUCAGCUGGUAGCAUGACGCCUAGAUCUCCGUUAUUGACACCAAAGACCAGCCAGAUAGACUUGCUUCUUGCAGGCAAAGGUGCAUAUCCUGAGCAUGAUGACCUGCCACAGAUGAAUGAAUUAGCUGAUAUUGCAAGAUGUGUAUCAACCACACCUUUGGAGGAUGAACGUUCCAUGCCCUAUUUAUUAUCGUGCCUUGAGGACCUGAGGGUUGUUAUUGAUCGAAGAAAGUUUAAUGCUCUUACUGUGGAAACUUUUGGGGCACGGAUUGAGAAACUUAUCCGAGAGAAGUAUUUGCAGCUUUGCGAGCUGGUGGAAGAUGAGAAGGUCGAUUUAGGCAGCACUGUAAUUGACGAAGAUGCUCCCUUGGAGGAUGAUGUAGUUCGGAGUCUGAGAACCAGCCCCGUACACUCUUCAAAGGACCGCACCUCUAUAGAUGAUUUUGAGAUCAUUAAACCAAUUAGCCGUGGGGCAUUUGGACGGGUUUUCCUGGCUAAGAAGAGAACAACGGGAGAUCUUUUCGCAAUAAAGGUCUUAAAAAAGGCUGAUAUGAUCCGCAAGAAUGCCGUUGAGAGCAUACUAGCAGAACGCGAUAUUCUUAUUUCAGUGCGCAAUCCGUUUGUGGUUCGGUUCUUUUAUUCGUUUACUUGCCGUGAGAACUUGUACCUUGUGAUGGAGUAUUUGAAUGGCGGUGAUUUAUAUUCGUUACUGCGAAAUUUGGGCUGCUUAGAUGAAGAUGUCGCUCGUGUAUAUAUUGCUGAAGUUGUACUUGCUUUGGAAUAUCUACACUCAUUGCGUGUGGUUCAUCGUGAUCUGAAGCCUGAUAAUUUACUCAUUGCACAUGAUGGCCAUAUCAAGUUGACAGAUUUUGGGCUUUCCAAGGUUGGGCUGAUCAACAGCACUGAUGACUUGUCUGGUCCAGCAGCUAGUGGAACGUCAAUGCUUGUGGAUGAUGAACCAGAAUUACCAAGUUUGGAUCAACAAGAAAGGAGAAAGAAGCGUUCUGCUGUGGGCACACCUGACUAUUUGGCACCAGAGAUUCUUCUGGGAACAGGACAUGGCUUUACUGCUGAUUGGUGGUCUGUUGGUGUCAUUUUGUUUGAACUCAUCGUUGGUCUUCCUCCCUUCAACGCAGAGCAUCCUCAGAUAAUUUUUGAUAAUAUUCUCAAUCGGAAGAUACCAUGGCCUGAGGUACCCGAUGAAAUGAGCCCUGAAGCUGAAGAUAUAAUUGACAGAUUAUUAACUGAAGAUCCUCAUAUGAGACUUGGUGCAAGGGGAGCAUCUGAGGUAAAGCAACAUCCAUUCUUUAAAGAUAUCAACUGGGACACACUGGCAAGGCAGAAGGCCGCAUUUGUUCCCAGUUCGGAUAGUGCUCUUGAUACAAGUUACUUCACUAGUCGGUACACUUGGAAUACUUCAGAUGACAAUGCAUAUCCCGGUAGUGACUUUGAAGAUUCAAGUGAUGCUGACAGCUUAAGUGGCAGUAGCAGUUGUUUGAGCAAUCGUCAAGAAGAAGUGGGAGACGAAUGUCUGGGCCUUGCAGAGUUCGAUUCUAGUUCCAACAUCAAUGUCAAUUACUCAUUUAGUAAUUUCUCAUUCAAGAAUCUGUCUCAGCUGGCAUCAAUCAACUAUGAUCUUCUAUCAAAGGGUUGGAAGGAUGACCCUCCUACAAGCUCAUGACGUUUCUCUCUUGACUCCGUCCAAAGAGCCAGAAGUUUUGGGUUUGUUUUGAUGUGGAUCCAUAUAGUGAGUCAUAAUUAUAUUACAGGCUGCGUCUGGUUCAGCAUUGGUGUCUUGUAUACCCUGUACAUAAACAAAAGAGACAUCCAUCUGAAGACUUGGAAAAGGAUGCUUUGCAAUCGGUUGCUGUUUAAAAGGUAAAUGUGUUUGAUGAAACGGACACUUUCGAGGUUCCCAUAUUUUUUCAAAGUGCCCGAGUUCGUGAGUUCGUUUUAUCGUGUUUGAAUAGAGAACAUCAGCAGUAGAGCAUUGUUUUUGAGUUGGUGGGAGGGGGAUGAUAGUACACUGUUCAUGUUGAUGGAAAGCAAACCCUUGGUGUUCUUGUUGUGAGUUUUGCACCUGUAACAAUGAGAACACUUUAACCCCGCCUACCAGCUGAAAUUGGUACUUAUCACGAUUAGCUGCUGGUAAGGUAAUAUUGUGUAAAGAAUGCUGAGGACUUCAGAACAGGACUGGGAAGCUGACGACAGAACAAAUGUCCGAUAGAGACAUCAUUUGUUUUGGUUAGAACAAAACAGAAGUGUCUGCAAAUCCUGUGUGUUCAUAUAUGGAAGCUCUCCCUGGGUGAUGGAUGAAUUGGCUAAACGCUCGUUUAUUUCUUUUAGAGAACGACUAACCGUGAGUUGUGCCUGGAGCCUUUGUGGUGUAAGGCUUUAAAUCGCAUGUUUAACAACCCCUUAUCAGCAGUUUCUUUGACGUAGAGUAGUUCGUAGGACU